GGUGGUGAUAGUGAAGCUGUUUGCCCAAGUCCAAGUGGAUAACCAUGCCGCUCGCCAUUGCCGUCCCCUCGGCGGCGGCGCCGCUCCGGCGACCACAUCACUUCCGCUUUCUCCAGCCAUCAAGAAAGCUUAGCCUAUCCAGAACACGCUGCGCCUCUUCGCUCCCGGCAGAGACGCAGCCAGCUCCUCCGCAACCCCGGCGGUACCCGAGGCAGUACCCAGGCGAGGCGGUGGGCGUUGCCGAGGAGAUACGGUUCGUUGCCAUGCGCCUCCGCAACACUAAGCGCAGUACUCGUAAGGGAAAUAAUAGGGCUGACGGAGUCGAGGAAGACGAUGAAUCGGAGGAGGAGGUGGAGGACAACGAGGAGAUGGACGAGGAGGGCAACGACGAAGUGAAGGAGGAGGAGGGGGAGGACAACCAUGAAGUGGAGGAGUGGAUGCCCAGCAUGGAAGGGUUCGUGAGGUACCUUGUGGAUAGCAAGCUUGUCUUCGACACCGUCGAGCGGAUCAUCGCCGGGUCUACGGACGUCGCCUAUGUUUACUUCAGGAGAAGUGGUAUGGAACGUGCGGCUAGCAUUGAAAAAGAUUUGGAGUGGUUCAGAGAACAAGCAAUUGAAAUUCCAGAGCCAAGUACUUUUGGAUCAACAUAUGCAGCUUAUCUGUCUGAAUUGGCUGGGAGGAGUGCCCCGGCCUUCCUUUCCCACUAUUACAAUAUUUAUUUUUCCCAUACAACAGGAGGGUUGGCGAUUGGUAAAAAGACAUGCGACAAAAUUUUGGAAGGAAGACUGCUGGAGUUCUACAAAUGGGAUUCUGACCCAGAGAUUUUACUAAAGGAUGCUAGGGAGAAGCUUAAUGAGCUUAGCAAGCACUGGUCUCGAAAGGACAGGAACUUGUGCUUGAAAGAAGCUGCAAAAUGCUUUCAGUACAUGGGGCGGAUUGUGCGGCUAAUGGUUUCAUAGAUUCAUGGACAAACGACCAAUCUCUCUAGAGGCUUCAGUUGAUUUGAACCUGAUGACGGAGAAAAGCUCGAGGCUUACUGCAGUUUCAUCUUUCUAGAGACAGUGUUUUCUUUCUAGAGGCGGCUCGGCCCCGCGACCCCUGUUCGUCUAUUCUCGGUAUCGCAGGCGCUCAAGGAUUAGUGGAUUACAGUAGAACGUACCGGAUGCUCGUCUAUUCAUCUACUGGCAGGUGCUCCCCUGGGCAGUUGACUGCCUACUUCCUGCCUUGCUUCUUCCUUAUAUAUGGAGAAUAAUGUAAAGGAUUACAACUUAGGGGGUGCUUAAUGUAGUUCGGAGCAUAAAUGUACCACACGCGGGAGAGUACCAAAUAUCAAUAUACUGUUGCCGAGCAGUUCAGAGUACUAA